UGUUCACCUGCUUCAUUGACAAGUACAUUUCGCACCUUGGGUAUUGUUAACAAGUCAUGGUCCACGUCCGCAUCAACGAGCGCGAAGCUAACCCGAAUCCGCAUGUUAAUUUCAUCUCCGUUCUGCCUAUGGUCGAUGCUACUCUCGAGGAUGACGCUCGGCAACUUAUGCGGGCGCUGGCCGCGCAGGUGAGGCCUGUCAUGAAGGCUCAUGGUUUCACUGUGAACAGCUUGGAAGAGUACGAGUAUAACAGAGUGUUCGCAGGGCGGAACUGGAACAAUGGAGAGACAAUUGAGCUGGUUCUAAAGUCUGCUAGCGGUUCAUUUGUACCAAUUCACUGGCUUAUGAGCACAUUGUGCCAUGAACUCGCCCACAUAAAGCACAUGAAUCACGGACCUGCUUUCCAAGCCCUCUGGCGACAGCUACGCAAUGACGUCCGUGCCCUCCAAAACAGGGAAUAUUAUGGCGACGGCUAUUGGUCCUCGGGAACCAGAUUAGCAGAUUCCGCGAAAAUAGCCGGCCAAGGCAUUGAAACAGGAGACCUUCCUGAAUACAUGUGUGGUGGUGCUCACUCACGCGCCCGACCUGCCUCCUACCAACGACGCAAAAGGACUGCUAAAUUUAAUGGGCCCUCUGUGCACACAGGUGCCCAAUCCGAAAAGAAACGCAAGGCCGGCUCCAGGAUUACCAACGCUAAUGCAUUCGUUUCGGGUGGAAAGGCACUGAACGAGGGUGUCAUUGGCGAGACGAAAGAAGCCGGCACGGGAUUUAGGAAAAAAGCUGGAAGUAAACGCGCUCGGGAAGAACGUGCACUUGCUGCCGAGAGACGUAUGGAGACGCUCAAAGCAUCAGCGUCCUCCUCGCGUCAACCUACAACAGAUUCAGAAUCCGAACCCGAUGCUGAACCACUAGAAACAGAUCAAGACCGUCGAAGAACCAUGCUUGAAUCCCUUGGCGGACAGGAGCUCGACGAAAUGAAAGCAGCCAGAUAUGAUUUUUCAGACGACUUUAGACUUCCCGGAGAAACUGGCGGUAAUUCAUGCAGCAUCCACAAAAUUGAACGUCCCGAAGCUGCUGUGUCGACAGAUGCGCAGCCCGAUUCAUCGACCCGACCUGGCAAGCAUCGGCGUGUGGAGGACGAAGAGGUAUCUGUCACCAAGAAAUUACGGAUUUCUGGUGCUCCUAGACCUGGCAAGACAGAAGAUCAGUCGGACAGCUGGAACUGUCUUGUGUGUACCCUUGCCAACGUGCCUGAACACCUAGCCUGUUCUGCCUGCAGCACCCCCAGGGGAGAUCCCCUCUGGGUGGGCAGAAGCUCGUGAGCAUCGGACUUGGACCACCACACCAGUAUACCCAAUCAUGCCGUUUUUUAUUGUGACACUACAGUGAUUAGGUGCAUGAACUACAACGGAUAAAGUUCGGGUUAAGAUGACAAGUACUGAAU